GCUGUGACUGUAGAAAAGUAUUGGAGGAGAAAAGGGCCGAGAGAAAAGGCGUGGGAUUGUUAUAGAAGACAACAAAGAGAGGAGAGCCGGGUAGUCACUGGUACUAGCUGAGACAGAGGAUUUCAAGCAGACUCUCCUUCACUAAAGUUUUUAAAAUGGCAGCCAUUGACACUCCGUGGGUAGCUGGUACCAAGUGUACAGCUAAAUAUAAUUUCAUUGGCUCAUCUCCUCAUGACUUACCAUUUAGAAAAGGUGAUAUACUAACCAUUGUCAGCCCCACAAAGGACCCCAACUGGUACAAGGCCAAGAGAGGCGACGGUCUAGAGGGAAUGAUACCUUACAAUUAUGUAACGAAGUACAGCGACCCUUCUGCUCCCCCUCCUCUACCUCCAACAAGACCGCCUAUGUCUUCCUCUGAUCCUGGACACCAUCACCAGCAGCACCAGCAGCAGCCUCACCAUGAAGGCAAAGGAGCAGUCAAACUACACACUAUGCCUUGGUUUCAUGGUAAACUCUCAAGACAAGAUGGAGAGAAGUUACUUACUCCUCCAAAGAAUGGUCUUUUCCUCGUGAGGGAAAGCGUAGCAUACGUAGGCGACUAUACACUCAGUGUCUGUUAUGAUGGCAAGGUGGAGCACUACAGAGUUAGAAGAAAUGAGAAGAAUUGGGUGACUGUUGAUGAUGAGGAAUAUUUUGAAAAUCUAGUCUCACUAGUCGAACAUUAUCAGAAGGAUGCCGACGGUCUCUGCAGUAGAUUAAAGUGCAGCGUAGAAAAGAAAGGAAACAUUGAUAUAGUCGUUAGUUUAGAAGAUUUCAAGAAACAGGGUUGGGCCAUUACCAGGGAGGAGUUACACUCUAAGAGUAUUAUUGGUAAAGGAGAGUUUGGAGAGGUGUGGCUAGGUGAAUACAGAGGCAGUAAAGUAGCUAUCAAGAUGCUUAAAGAAAUUAAAAGUCAACAGCAAACACAACAGUUCCUUGCAGAAGCAUCAGUCAUGACUACCCUUUCUCAUCCUAAUCUUGUUCAAUUGAUUGGUGUCUCAGUGGAUAGUACUCAGAUUUGUCUUGUGACUGAGUACAUGGGGAAAGGAUCACUGGAGCAGUACCUCAGAUCAAGGGGCAGAGCUGUCAUCACCAAACAAAACCAGAUUGACUUUGCAAAGCAUGUCUGCAGUGGUAUGGUCUAUCUAGAGUCGCAUAACUUCAUACACAGAGAUUUGGCAUCUCGUAAUGUUCUACUAUCAGACCAAGCAGUGGCUAAGGUUGCUGAUUUUGGUUUAGCAAGAGAAGGUGUCACACGCUCUGAUAGUCAGAAACUUCCCGUGAAAUGGACAGCACCCGAAGCACUAAAAGAUAACAAAUUUUCAAAUAAAUCUGACGUUUGGAGUUUUGGUAUUUUAUUGUGGGAGAUAUAUUCGUAUGGAAGAGUGCCCUACCCACGCAUUCCUGUCAAUGAUAUAGUACAGCACGUUGAGAGAGGCUACAGAAUGGAUGCUCCUGAUGGCUGUCCUCCUCACAUAUACACCAUAAUGAUGAGCUGCUGGGACGCCAACCCAGAGCUUAGACCAACCUUUGCAAAGAUAGAAAAAGAACUUUGACACCAAACGAAAUAAUAGAUGAGCUCGUGCAACUCUGUCAUGUGCGGAAUUAUACUUGUUUAGAUUCUUAUUAUUAUUAUUGUUGUUAUUUUAUUGUUGUGUUAUUUUAUUAUUAUCGAUAUGUUUUUUUUCUCCAUGAAUAGAUGUCCUCUUUUUUCUCUUUCUUUCUUUAAAUGUGUCUCAAUCUUUUUUUUUCUAUUUUUGUUUGUGUGUGUGUGUUUGUAUUUUUUGAAUUUGUGCACUGUAUUUUACACUAUUAAACCUCUCUCUGUCACGA